AUGGUAUUCUGCAACAGAGAAUUCAAGUUGUCGCUCUUGAAUGACGCAGAUUACAAUGGAAAUACUUAUAACACCUAUAUAUUGAAUAGCAAGGAAAAAGGAUAUAAUAGUGGAUUUGAUGAAAUUAAUCCCCCUUUUCUAAAUAAUAAUGAUAAUUUUGACUUUGUUCCGUAUGAGCAGAACAAUUUCGAGGUUAAGCUUAAGCCGGAUUCAAAUGUGGUCGGUUUGCUAGCAUUCCAACUUGUCGGCAACCGAACAAGUGGUGUAUUUAUACGGUGCGUUGAUCAAACAUCGGAGCAGUCAAAGCAGUUGAGAGAUGGCGAUCGAAUUAGUGAAGUUUGUGGGAUUGAUGUAAAAAAGAUGACAUGUGAUCAGAUUGCAACAAUUCUUCGAACUUCUCUGAUAAAAAAUGGAUUUGUUGUAUUAAAAGUAACUGCGAAGAUUUGUAAGAAAAUAACGCAGUCUCCAAAAUGCGCGAUUAUACCGAACCCUCGUAUGAAUGGGGAAAGCAGCUUUAUGGGCGAUUGUACAAUCAAAUAUAAUAAAACAGGUCAAUCGAUCAGUGAGUGCAGUUGGGAAUCAGACAAUUUGGAUGAAAGUUUUCAGGAUUACAUGCGAUUGAAAGGAUUGUAUAAGCGUGGAUUAGUUUUAGCGCAGAGGGAUCUAAGAGUUCUAUGCUCCGUGUUCCUUGCUGAAUUUUCGUUGAAAUCAGAGUUAGAAUAUUUGCAGCAAUCAAUUUAA